AUGGCGGAUGCGCAGCGCGGAUGGAAGUCCAGGAUUAUCUUUGAUCCGUUGUUCCGUGGCGGAGAUGCCGUCAAAAACUCGGCUUGGAUCAGGCUGCGUCGUGCAUUUCUCCAUCAGCCGCCCGCCUCCACAUCCGUCUCUCAUUUCACCCGCCUCCCACCUUAUCCUUAUGCCAUGCCCGAUAUCAGCAUCAGCACCCCAUUAGGCUCUAGUCCGCACGAUUCUCGACCCUGGACCGGCCGGAAAAGGCCAGAACAACGCACGGCGCUUGCAUGCACGUUUUGCAGAUUGCCCUCGCCGCAAUUACGCCGAUCCGCCAUCGUCUUCUUUCGGGACAACUAUGCCAAUAGCCUCCUAUGUUUCCUACCACCGCAGCAAUUGGUCGAUGACCCGGCGGGAGAACAACUGCCGUUGCCUUUGUUGCUAUGCAUCCUGGCAUUGACAUCAAGGUUCCUACCCGGUCAUACAUCUUCGUCUACUGAUGGAGCGGGGGUAAUCUCUCACUACGACUACACUGAAUGGGCCAGGCGGGAAGUUGAUCGUCUGAGCCUGUCCAGUCAACCUUCGAUCACAACCAUCCAAUGCCAUCUGAUCUUGUGUGUCGUCGAGGUAGGUGAUGGCCUUGAGCACCCAGCAUGGUUGCGCGUCGGCCAUGCUGUCCGGCUCGCUCAGCUGGCCAGGCUACACAAAGAGGAUCUCGACCAAACAUCCUUUAAUUGGGGCAGUCCCCGGCCUGUCUUCGUCGCGACAGAUCUCGAGGCCCGCCGUCGAACCUUCUGGUGCAUCUAUUGCUUGGACAGGCUGUUGGCUAAUGGCCGUGACCGCAUUGCCAGCUUUUCCGUUGAAGAUAUCACCACCCGUCUCCCUCAGCCGGAUGAGGACUUUAUCUUCGGUCGCGAAUGCAAGGCUGGCCGUCUGACGGAUCCGGUCGGACGUGCACAAGGCAUGACCGAUGGGCCUGAGAGCUUACUCGCUUACACGAUCCGCAUUAUCGACAUCCUGGGCAACAUAGUUCUGUGGCAUGGUCGGGGCGGGCGCCGUCGUGACACCCGCAGCCCAUGGCUGGUGGACACGCCUUUCAACCUCUAUGCAAAUGCCCUUGCUGCGUGGAAAGAACGUCUUCCCAUCUACUGGGACUACCAGCCUCGGAAUGUUCCCCUUGUCGCUGCCGCCGGCCAAGGGAAGCUAUGGGCGCUCAUGUUCAUGUUCUAUUUUCAAGCCAAAACGUAUCUUUACCGAGAGUAUCUUCCCUUCACCCCGUCUAGAAACUACGACCCUGCCGCCGGCCCUUCCGACGGCACGCCUUUGCUUCCUCCUGAUAGCGUACCUCCUCCGUCUUGGUGGAGAGACUAUGCCAUCACGAUGGUGGAAAGUGCAAACUCGGCCGCCGACCUGUACACACGGAUGCAUGAUCUCGAUCUCGCGCCCUCGGCAUAUCCUUUUACUGGUCUCAGCUUGUUCACGGCUGCGAGCAUUCACGCCAUAUUCACGAGUUUCGAGUGGGAAAGCCUGAGCCCCUUCGUAUCAAGGAUGAGCGCCAGAAAAUAUUUGUCCGUGAGCAUGCGGGCGUUCAAUUCCUUGGGCCAAUAUUGGGACUUGCCAAUCUACUGGAUUCGUCAGAUCUCGCUCUAUUACAAACUGAACUACCUCACUCGUCUGUCCUUCGUCGGUGGCGCCGAGACUCUGAGCGCCUUGAGGAUGAACAUCCAAGAGGUCAAGGACGGCGUCAUGAACUACCUGCGUCAGAUCAGUCCCAAGGACCGAUCUUCACGAUUGAUGAAUUUGAAACCCACAUUCGACUUCGAAGGAUGGCUGCUAGCUAUCGAAUCCCAAUCCACCAGGCGCGAUUCGCAUCCGCACGAGGACGUCAAUAUGACCUCCGAAUUCGAACAUCCGGGGCGACGUAGCGGUGAUGAUACGACCGCCACUCACAGUGCCCCGAACGACAUACCUCCUCCUACAACCCUCGCCGCGCCCGACUCAACUUCGGUCAUGGUCUCGACGUCCGAGACCGAGCAGCAACCACCCAUCCGGAUGGAGGUGCUGCCACUGGAGGAUCUCUUUCGCGCAGGAGCAUUCUUACCUUCGGAUGGCUGGGAUGAUCUGAGCCUUGAAGCCGUGUACUGGGACUGCUAG